UGACCCAUGAACAUGAGCAGCUGUCAGGACUCUGUGUUUCCCCAGGAGGACCAGGAGAAUAUGACUAAGUGUCAGGAGCUGGUGACCUUCAAGGAUGUGGCUGUGGUCUUCACCAAGGAGGAGCUGGGGCUGUUGGACCUGUCCCAGAGGAAACUGUACCAAGACGUGAUGCUGGAGAACUUCAGGAACCUGGUCUCAGUGGGCAUGAAAAAGCCAAUGACAAAGCCAGUGUGGUGGACCAAUGAAAUAUUUUUAUCUCUGAACAGACAUUUAUUUGUCCUCAUUUUCAUCUCUGAAUUCUCCUUAUCCUUCCAGGACAUUGGAAUCAAAAUGAGAUAGAGACUCUUCAAAAAA